AUGCUCGACCUUGAGCCCACCGUUGUCGACGAGAUCCGCACCGGUACCUACCGUCAGCUUUUCCACCCCGAGCAACUGAUCUCCGGCAAGGAGGACGCCGCCAACAACUACGCUCGUGGGCACUACACCAUCGGGAAGGAGAUCGUGGAUUUGUGCCUCGACCGCAUCCGCAAGCUCGCUGACAACUGCACCGGUCUCCAGGGCUUCAUGGUUUUCCACUCCGUCGGCGGCGGCACGGGCUCCGGCCUCGGUGCCCUUCUCCUCGAGCGCCUGUCCGUGGACUACGGCAAGAAGUCCAAGCUCGGCUAUACUGUGUACCCGUCGCCGCAGGUGUCCACCGCCGUCGUCGAGCCGUACAACUCCGUCCUCUCGACGCACUCUCUUCUCGAACACACCGACGUCGCGACGAUGCUUGAUAAUGAAGCAAUUUAUGACCUGACACGACGCAGCCUUGACAUCGAACGCCCGACGUACACCAACGUCAACCGCCUCAUCGGCCAGGUUGUGUCCUCGCUGACCGCCUCGCUCCGCUUCGAUGGUGCCCUCAAUGUCGACCUGUCGGAGUUCCAGACCAACUUGGUCCCGUACCCGCGUAUCCACUUCGUGCUCACGAGCUACGCCCCCGUCAUCUCCGCCGAGAAGGCCUACCACGAGCAGCUCUCCGUUGCCGAGAUCACGAACUCGGUCUUUGAGCCCGCUGGCAUGCUCACCAAGUGCGACCCCCGCCACGGCAAGUACAUGUCCUGCUGCCUCAUGUACCGCGGCGACGUCGUGCCAAAGGACGUCAACGCCGCGAUCGCGACGAUCAAGACGAAGAGGACUAUCCAGUUCGUGGACUGGUCCCCUACCGGCUUCAAGUGCGGCAUCAACUACCAGCCCCCGACGGUUGUCCCGGGCGGCGACCUCGCCAAGGUGCAGCGUGCGGUGUGCAUGAUUGCCAACUCCACUGCGAUCGCCGAGGUCUUCGCACGCAUCGACCACAAGUUUGACCUCAUGUACAGCAAGCGUGCGUUUGUGCAUUGGUACGUCGGCGAGGGCAUGGAGGAGGGUGAGUUCUCCGAGGCCCGCGAGGACCUCGCCGCCCUUGAGAAGGACUACGAGGAAGUUGGCGCGGAGUCUGUCGGCGACGAGGGGGAGGAGGAUGUUGAGGAGUAUUAA